AUGGAUGAGUCUGGCGUGAAAGUGAGUUGCGGUCAGCCUAAGUAUGGACAUUUGAGAAAAGGAGAACCGUGCGUUGAAGUCAGUCGCUAUGCGGCAGGUGGUGUCAACUUCACGAUCAACCUACUAGUUGGAGCUGACGUCGUCAAGUACUGUAGCAUUGUCGAGGAUCCAUCGAAUACCAACCGUUUCAUCAAUUUGUUUGUUGAAGCAGUGGAAAAUUAUACCGAUGACGGACAACAGAUCUUACAACCUGAGGAUUUUGUUGUCCUCGACAACGCCCCAAUUCACCAUAAUGAAGCUGAGGUUAUACUUUCUAACUGGUUUGAAACGAUGAGCAUCGAAUAUAUUUUUUUACCCACUUAUUCCCCAGACUUCAAUCCCUGUGAAAACUGUUUCGGUAAGAUGAAAGAAAUACUCAAAAGGGAACAUUAUCGCCGUCUCUUGCAUGAUAAUAUUGCGGUCGCCGUGUAUGAUGCUGUCGGCGAAAUUACGCCAACUGACAUUGUCGGUUUUCAUUUGAGUGGUACAAUUGUGGAACCAGGCAAUCAACUUUAUUCUGAACCAGAUAGAAUUUUUAAAGUGUCAAUUAGUUUUGACCGAUGUAAGAUUACCUCGGUGACAUGUGGAUGUGACAACAAGGAUAUUUUCUGGUGUCAACAUGUUGUUGCAUUGUCAUUGUACAGAAUUCGUAAAGCGGACAGUGUGCAGCUUCGUGUACCCAUAUCAGAGACUCUCUUACAAAUGGACAGAGAACAACUUCAAAAGUUUGCUCAAUACCUCAUUUCUGCACAUCAUACUGACGUUUUGCCCACCGCUCAGAAGCUUGCCGAUGAAAUUCUUCAGUCAAAAUCCGAAAUUAACCAAUUACCAGGUGCUCCAGACCCUACAGCAGGUGCCAGUGUCGAUGAUGAUAACUGUUGGCAUUUAGAUGAGGAACAAGUCCAAGAACAAGUUAAAGCUUACUUAUCACAAGGGGGUUAUUAUGACUCAGGGAAACAACUUAACUCCAUGUUUGCUAAGGUCCGUGAAAUGUUGAAAGUUCAUGAUUCCAAUGGUGCUAGAAUGUUGACAUUGAUUACGGAACAAUUUCUGGCUGAUCCUCGUCUCUUACUAUGGAAACAACAAGGAACAACAAUGACAGAUAAAUGCAGACAGCUAUGGGAUCAACUUGGUGCUUUGUGGAUGUGUGUGGUAUUGAACCCCCACAGUGGGAAAGUAGAAAAACAACUAUGGAAAGAAAAACUGAAAAAAUGGAGUGAUAUUGAUGUCUGCCCACUAGAGGAUGCGGACACUAGAAAUACGCUAUCUACUCCUGCUAUUCAUAAUUUUAAUAAUCCAGGUGCCUCUACUUCGAAUAGAGCCCGAACUAUUUUCAGUCGUGCAAUAGAUGCUUGUAAUCUUGAAUGGUGUAAUCCACAUCUACAAAAUAUCCUCUCAGACGAUUAUUAUCAUGGCCAUAGUAACAAUGGAGCAAUGUUUGAUCAGCAUGGCCAACCUUUAUGGACUGAGCACUUACCAACUGCAUGUGCAAGAGUUGAUGCAUUGAGAUCACAUGGUUACCCAAAAGAAGCAUUAAGAUUGGCUGUUGCUAUCGUACACAAUAUGAGAUUACAGCAGUUAAAGUCCCAGUCAGAUAGACGUAGUCGUGUUGGAAAUGAUGAUGAUAAUGACGAUGAUGAUGACAUGGAUGAUAGUGUAUGUAGGAGUAUAGGUCAAAGGUUACUACAGCUAGGUAGCAGUAAAGAAGGAUGGAUUGGUCAUCCAUUGGAUCCUAUUGGUUGUCUUUUUGAUACAUUAACUGAUAUAUCAGUUACUAGAGAUGAAAGCCAAGCUGGCACUACUACUACUACUGUAGGUGACAUAGCCAGUACAUCAGUAACUACAACAAGACCAAACUAUGUGCACAUCAAAGUUCCAGCAAGUCAUGAUCCGAAUGAAACAUUUCUGAUGUUGGCUUUUGAAGCUGCUCUUAUUGGCUUGGGACAGCAACGUAUAAUGCCUCUCGGGCUAUAUGCCCAGGAGAAAGCGUGCAGAGCUGAGGAAGAUUUGAUUACUAAACUACAACAUAUUGACUUGGAUGCAAAUCUUGUUUCUGUCCUACGCAAACAGGCCAAUCUACUUUUGCAAGGUGGUCGAAAGAGUGGUUUAGGGGUUUGUGUGGCCACAGAUAGUGUUCCUAUGCAUACAUUUUCUCGCUAUCUUUUCAAUGCAUUGUUGCCGUUUGAUGCUGAUUUAGCCUAUUGCAUCGGUCUUAGAGCUAUGAGAUUACCAGUACUGGAUAGUGCUGGAGAGAAUGGUCAAAAUGUCACUGGACGGUAUCCUAGAUGGUUUGUAUUGGUACAUGUAGAAACUGAACAAUGUGAGUUAGCAGUGUGUAUGCUGACGGCGGCUAAAAGUGAUCCUAGAAGAUUACGUAAAGUACUACAUUCAGCUCAGCAGAACAUUCACAGUUCUUCCCACCUAUUCAAAUUAGCGCAAGAUGUGUUCAAGGCAUCUACACCAGUUGAUGGAGCAACACACCAUUCAUUACUCAAUGCAGCGUUUGAGUUGGGGCUUCAUGUCAUGAGAAUGACAUUAUCCACUUUGAAUUGGCGUCGCCGUGAGAUGGUACGUUGGAUGGUGACGUGUGCCACAGAGAUCGGUGUCAGUGCACUAGUCAGCAUUAUGCAAUCAUGGUACCAAUUUUUUACACCCACCGAAGCUACAUCAAUGGUUGCCAUGACAGUUGUUUCCCCAAGCACUGCUCUUCAGUUGCGACUGGACUACCAACAACAAGAAGAAUUAGCUAGUUGUGCACGGAACUUAGCCUUACAGUGUGCUGCCAAGGAUCCUCCUAACUGUGCUUUAUGUGCCCUUACAUUGUGUGAGAAAGACCCAAUCGCAUUUGAAACUGCCUAUCAUAUCGUCUUUGAUGCUGCCAAUGGAAUUAUGAAUUCAACUCAACUAUUUACGGUUGCUAGGUAUAUGGAACAUCGUGGCUAUCCGAUUCGAGCUUAUAAACUAGCUUUACUUGCUAUGAGAAAUCUUUCAUUAGCUUACAACCAAGAUACCCAUCCCACUAUUAAUGAUGUGCACUGGGCUUGUGCUUUAAGCCACUCAUUAGGGAAAUCGGAAUUAAGUACAAUGAUGCCACUUGUUGUGAAAAGUGUACAGUGUGCUUCAGUCCUGGCUGAUAUACUCAGAAGAUGUACUCUCUCUGCACCUGGUAUUGGUGGUCUCCCUGAUGGACGUCGUCGUGGUAACAAAAUAUUGUCAUAUGACAAGGCACCUUUACGUCAGUUAUUAGAUGCCGCUAUUAGUGCUUAUAUCAACACUGCUCAUUCAAGAUUGACACAUAUAAGUCCAAGACAUUAUGGUGAUUUUAUUGACUUUUUGAGUAAAGCGAGAGAGACAUUUCUUCUUGCUCAUGAUGGACAUAUACAGUUUGCCAAAUUAAUCGACAAUCUGAAGACUAUCUACAAAGGCAAGAAGAAACUAAUGCAUCUAGUACGGGAACGUUUCGGAUGACAUUGGAGGUUCGCAACCAAUUGCAAUGCAAUUGGCUUCCUAGAGAAUUAUGGCAAAUAAAUAUUUUCCAUCAAUAAAAUUAAUAUUUUUCAUAUAAGUAAUGAAGUAGAGCAUAUUUAUGCAUUAUGCUGAAAAUAUUAUUUAAAACCAUCCUAGCAUGCAUACUUCAUGACAUUAUACGACCUUUUCUACAUUUUUUUGUUUGCAAUACGUUUUAUUUAUUUAUGUACAUAAACAGAAUUUUUUAUUGUUUGUAUAUCAUAUGCAAA